AACCAAGCCCUUUUACUUGCUCUUGAUAGCGUGCAACGUGCUUGCGUUUCCUCGGUGUCGCUCCUUGCCAACUGCCUAACCAUUUCAUCCUGUCACUUCACUCCGUGCUUGGCUCGAGCAACGAAACACCAUGGCGCUACUGAAAUCCUGCAAAAUCUUCUCCAGUGUCGGGGCUUUCGCCCCUUCGUUGGGAGUUUUCCCCACUCGAGCCAGCUCAUGGUGGUCUGAGGUGCAGAUGGGCCCCCCUGACCCCAUCCUGGGGGUGACGGAGGCCUUCAAGCGCGACACCAACCCCAAGAAGAUGAACCUGGGCGUGGGCGCUUACCGUGAUGACCAGGGCAAGCCAUACGUUCUGAGCUGCGUCCGCAAGGCGGAGGCCCACAUCGCUGCCAAGCAGAUGGACAAGGAGUACCUGGGAAUCGUAGGCUUGGGAGAGUUCAACAAGGCCUGCGCGGAGCUGGCCCUGGGGUCUGACAAUGAGGUCCUGAAGAGCGGCAGGAGUGUUACUGUCCAGACCAUUUCUGGCACGGGCUCACUGAGAGUCGGUGGCAACUUCCUGUCCCGCUUCCACACAGUGGCCCGGGACGUGUACCUGCCCAAACCCUCCUGGGGAAACCACACCCCCAUCUUCAGGGAUGCGGGCUUGCAGCUCAAGGCCUACACCUACUACGACCCCAGCACCUGCGGGUUCAACUUCAAGGGGGCCCUGGAUGACCUCUCGAAAAUCCCAGACAAGAGCAUCCUGUUGCUGCAUGCCUGUGCCCACAACCCCACUGGGGUGGACCCAAAGCCGGAGCAGUGGAAGGAGCUGUCCGCUCUGGCCAAGAAAAAGAACCUCCUGGUGUUCUUCGACAUGGCGUACCAGGGCUUCGCCAGCGGGGACAUCGACCGGGACGCCUGGGCGGUGCGGCACUUCAUCGAGCAGGGCCACAACAUCGUGCUGUCGCAGUCUUUUGCCAAGAACAUGGGCCUGUACGGUGAGCGUGUGGGAGGGUUCACGGUGGUGUGUAAAGACGCGGAGGAGGCCAAGCGCGUGGAGUCCCAGCUGAAGAUCCUGAUCCGCCCCAUGUACUCCAACCCCCCCAUGAACGGGGCCCGCAUCGCCUCCACCAUCCUCAACACCCCCGAGCUGCGCAGCGAGUGGCUGGAGGAGGUCCACGGCAUGGCCAAUCGCAUCAUCAAGAUGAGGGAGCAGCUGGUGGCCAACCUGCAGAAAGAAGGCUCCACCCAUAACUGGCAGCACGUCAUCGACCAGAUCGGCAUGUUCUGCUUCACCGGCCUGAAGCCGGAGCAGGUGCAGCGUCUGACGAAGGAGUUCUCUGUCUACAUGACGAAAGACGGGCGUAUCUCCAUGGCAGGAGUCACCUCCGGUAACGUGGCCUACCUGGCACACGGGAUCCAUGCGGUGACCAAGUGAAGCGGACCGAGGGUGGUGCCCUGCAGCCCCUCAAAACACCGGGGGGUUUGGAAGGGGUGUUGAUAUCCUACGGAAAAUCUCCUUAUUAGCAGGGGGGGGGACCGGAUAAUCUUCUAUUAUUACUUUUCUGCAUCUUUCCCAGAAACUUAGAUGGGAAAUUCAAUAAAUAAUGUUCAUAAAAGCUCAAGCUUAGGAAUCUACAUCCAGGCUUGACUUCAUGAUGUAUUAAUGUGAGUUCAUUUUGUGUCCCCCUGUGAUCAGGAGUUUUUAAUGGUCAGUCUGUUCAGUUCCCCCCCCCCCCCAUACUCCCAUCUGAAAAGGUUAAAGGUUGGCCCAGGAAGAGGGCUGUAGUGUCCAUGGGGUUUGGGUUCGGGGUUUGAGCACAAAUUCAACAAAUCCAUUGUUUUAAUUGGCUGAAUUGGGCCCCUCCCUCCUUGUUCUGAGGAUGUUUGUUGCUAGGAAACCUGGAUUGUGCCCCGCCCCCUCCCCUCCCCCCCAAGGUGCUGGCCAAUAAGAAAUUGAUCAGUAAGAUGGCACUGCUUGCACCUAAUUUUUACAGAUACAUUAUCUAUGUAUGACAGGUUUCAUAACAGCCCCACCCCAAAUUCCAAAAUGACCUGUUUGAGCUUUUCUGAUGGGAGUUGAUCUUGGUCACAAAAGCACUGAUGUGUUUUUUUUUUUGUUUGUUUUUUUCUCUUCAAAAGCAAACAAAAAAACCCUUGGUUUUAACAAGGAAUGUUUUCCUGGCCAUGUGGUUAUGGGGGGGAAGCUUGGUAUUUAAAUUGAAUCUAAAAUGUAUAAAAUGCACUUGGUUAAAAUGUGUCCCCCAGAUAAGUGUUUUUUUCAGUGUUUGUUUGUAGAAUACUGUGUGUUUGUGCAGUUCUUUUGAGUUUGGGUUGUGCCUGAACACCAAAAAAAGAAAAGAAAAAAAGGCGGUUAUGUUGCAGUAAUCAAACCACAACACUUGUUCAGUCCGGGUCCACCACGUUGCUUCUACAAUGCCCCGAAACCAACAACGGUGUGGCCCCUGGUGUUCAGUGGUAUUGUUAAGAAUAGUUUGACGAGUUAAAACAAGCUGGGGCAACGCCUAUUGGAAACCUGAAAUGGCUGCUUGCUAAUCUCCUGGAGGAGAUAGGGCUACCUACUUCACAGUUGGUUCACGUUUCCCUUGGGAUUGUUGCUCCAUCAAUCUACUAUUUGUAGAUAAACCCACAUCUGAGCCCUCUUUUUACCACGUGUGUUUGUAAUAGUUCUGCUCAUGUCUGCUCUGAAGACCUAGCGUGUUCGCAAUGGCAUUACGCAAUGUCCUUUUUGUGAAUUUCAGAAAGAGCUGGCAGCUUUAAUACUUCAGAUCAAUAUUUUUAUCUCAGAUUUGACCUUUGCCCCUCUCCCCCCCCCCCCCCACCACUGGGUUGUCUAACUGAACUAAUAUGGAGACUGAAGAAAAACUAGUAUUUUUGACUAACAUGCAGGCCUUUUCUGGUGUCUGCCAUUCCUUUGAAACUAUUUCUUCUGACCACAGAGGGUACAGAUAAGAUGACAAAACCACAGUCAUAUAUUCAGAGUACUGGUUUUAUUCAGAGUAGUCAGUCACCCUCAACGUCUGGCUAGAGUCGAAAGCACCACAUUUCAGCAUCGAUUGUACAAGAACCAACUGCCCUGUAUCUCAUUUACACACACACACAGUCUGUACUUUCAGCAUUCAUUCUGAAAUAAAGUGAGCUCUAUAGAUCUG